AUCGAGGCAGCUUAGUACACUGAUGAGUCCCAACAGCAAUACAGCCCUCUCCCCACUGCACACUAGAGGAGAAUCUGAGCAGGCCUGUCAGUAUCAGUAUCCACAUGUCUACAGCAUAGAUGCUAAAACACAAGAACCCUUCUCCAAGAUAGUCAUCAUCAUCAGCGCUGAUUUCCUGUUAAUGGAUAACAACCAAAACAUCAUUGAAAAACUGUGUGUAUUAAGAACAAAUUAAAAGGAGUCUGGAGACAGGUGUGACUGUCGGCUCCACAUCUGGAGACAGCUGUGACACUCAGCUCCACUCCCAGAGAGGAAAGUGUAAUUCACUGAGGUUCAGAUGUGCAGGCUGGUGCUGUGUUGCAUGUCAGGGAAGAAAUAAUUUUUAGAUGAUGGACACUUAUGAACUACAGCACAGGGCCACAGGGCCACAGGGCCAGUCCUUGAGGGCAACUGUCUAGCAGAUUUUAUAUGUUUUCUUAACCUUAAUUUCAUUUAAGUCUUAAUUGAACUAAUCUGACCCUUUUCCUGAGGUCUUUCGCUGAUGAUGAUUUAAAGAGACCUACACCACUGUACCUUUAAAGAAAAACCAUCAUUGUCCAUCAUUACAUCGCCUGCCUUUCCCCUGGUCCAGCUCAGAGCCCGAGCACAGCUCCCUCUCUCUGCGCUCAGCAGGUACCAGACUGCUGCCCGGACCUGACCGGCAGGACUGUCUCCGAGAGUGAGCACACACAGCUCCUUUCGCUGAUGCCACAGCUCUCCUCAUCGCGUCUACCGAGAGCUGCUGUUCUUCACAGGCGAGAGGAAAGGGAAAGACUGCAGCCAAUAAUUUCAGCCAGCUGUCAUCGCGGUCUCCUGCUCUGCUCUGCAACUGUCUUCGCGUCUGUAUUCGGUUCGAUUGCAGGACAUUCCUACAGAGGCAGAGAACACAGAGGGAGAGGGAGAGUCCGGAGUUGCAGUACAGGGGUGUAAUGAGGGUCUGUCUCGUUGCUGUGCCCGUGCAGCCACGCUGUCUCAUGCGAGUUACGAGCAGGGAAGCGCAGAAAGUAAAGGGUCUUCCAUUCGCUGGUCUGGACACCAGUGGCUCCCAGUGCGGACACCACCUCUAAUGGUGGAGUACUAGGGGAGGAACCGGGGUAAAGGAAGAAGGGUGUCUUCUGACGACAGACCUAGGGGGAGGUGUUUUGUACCUCCAAAAAUAAGACUUUGCGGGCGGCGAUCGUCGUCGAUCCACAAGCGAGCGGCGGUGCGGUGAUGUAGCGGCAGCGAGCCGGCUGGAUGCGGUCAGUUCGCGUGGAGCCGGUCUGCUCAGGACACCAAGCGCUGCCCGCAGACACGGCGGAGACAACCGGCUGUGGCGCAGCGUCACGACGAACGACAUCCCAGCAAGCUGGAGUUCUGGGACGCGAACGACCGCUGUUCGAGCCGGACUCUUCGGGAAGCCGACUGCAAACUAUUCCGCUCUCUCGCUGCAGGAGAAGGCGUCGGAGCGGACAGGGAAGAUGCGACGCGGAGGUGAGAGUCCAGAGAUUUCCACCACCUGGGGACAGACCGGACAGGGCUCGGAACCGGGAUUCGUGUCCUUUCGCUCUGCCUUCGGAACCGAUUCCUCGGCAGAUCCCCGCGGACGAUGACCCGAUGGACAACGCAGUUCUAGAACGCUGAUUCGGCGAUUCGGUCCGGCGAACCCCGGCUGCUUAUUGCGUGCGGUCGCCCGAACCGAGUCCGCUUCUGGCCCGGAUGACCCGCUCGGCAGGUGACUCCGCAGCUGUGUCCUGACGAAACGAGGAAUCGUCGCCCUCGGUCAGUUUUACCCGGAGGACUGCGUCGUGGGGGGAAAAAAAGCCCUAAAUUUUACCAGAAUACGUACUUUUAUCUUUUCCUGCCGAAGUGAGUGAGCGUUAUUCACUUGGAUUUUUCUUCGGUUUGUGAAGUGUUACCUUGUCGUCGACUUUUUACAAUUUAUUUUGUAUUUGGAUAUUUUUUAAGCCACGCACGAUGAAAGGGAAAUUGAAUACCGCGGACCCGGAGAUGUCCCGACUGUGAAUUUUGUGGAGGAGAAUUUAUUUUUUUCACUCGGUGGAAGUCGCUUCUUUUUUUGGGGGGGUUUAGCACGAUAUAUAGCCUUUAGGCUCUGCAGCGCUGAAGCUGGCGGCGUGAGGCUGGGAGAACUGGAAUGGGAAUGAUCCCUGUUUCUGCCGGGUCGCCGAGAAGGGUUUAGCGCGGAGCGCCCCGGAGGCAGGGAGAUGUCGGGGUGUCCGGGUCGCGGGGGGUCCUCGUCCCCCGCUGUGGCCGCCAACGCGGAAGGAGACGAAAUUGAGGUGCUGGAGAGCUGUGACGUCCUCCCCACUGCCCCGGAGGAGCACUGGAAAGCGCUUUUCGACAAGAUGAGCAACAAGAGGUCCAACAGCUUCCGCCGCGCCAUCCUGCAGGGCAGCCGCCAGCUGCAGGGGCGCCCCCUGCUGGAGGAGCCGGGGCUCAGCGCCUCGCAGCGCCUCGUCCGCCACAUCGCCCACGAGACGCUGCCCCGCGAGCUCGACCGCAAGUGGUACUACGACAACUACACCUGCUGCCCGCCGCCCUGGCUGAUCCUCGCCAUCACCAUUGCGGAGGUGGCAGUGUUCGUGUACUACGGGGUCUUGCUGGAUCGCUGGGUGCUCCAGGUCUCCCACCCCCUGUUCCUGAAGGGGGCGCUAGUGUACCACCCCCAGUUGCGGGCGCAGGCCUGGCGCUACCUCAGCUACAUCUUCAUGCACGCAGGAACACCUGGGUCUGAACGUGACUCUGCAGCUGCUGGUGGGCGUCCCGCUGGAGAUGGUGCACGGGGCUCUGAGGAUCGGCUUUGUGUACCUCUGUGGGGCCCUGGCAGGCUCCCUCGCGGUGUCGGUGGCGGACAUGACGGCGCCGGCGGUGGGGUCAUCCGCAGGGGUCUACGCCCUGGUGUCUGCACAUCUGGCCAACAUCGUCAUGAACUGGUCGGGGAUGAAGUGCCAAUUCAAGCUCUUUCGGAUAGGAAUGGCGCUGGUGUGGAUGAGCGCGGAGUUCGGCCGGGCCGUGUGGCUGCGCUUCUCCCUGCCGGCCGCCCCGCCCUGCCCCAACCCCAGCUUCGUGGCGCACCUGGGCGGGGUGGCGGUGGGCGUGACCCUGGGCGUGGUCAUGCUGCAGAACUACGAGCAGCGGCUGCAGGAGCAGUCCCUCUUCUGGAUCUUCGUGUUCGUCUACGCCAUCUUCGUGCUCUUCGCCAUCUUCUGGAACGUCUUCGCCUACAGCCUGCUGGACCUCAAGCUCCCCCCCCCACCGUGAGCAGGGAGGGGUGGCGACUCAUCUUCUCCCCCCGGUGACUGACAGGCCCCUAAACACCCCGAACAGCAGAGCCCAUGAUGUCCGCAGGGGCAGAGUAAGACCACCAGAGUCUCAGCCCCCCUACAGCCACGGCACCCGGUAGAGAUACUGCACCCGCUGGCACUGUCUGCACUGGGGUGUCUCAGAUCCCCAGUAACGAUACUGCACCCCACCGGUACCGUCGGUGAUGCACUGGGGGUGUCUCAGGGGGAGGGGUCUGAGCACUGUACUUCCUUCCGUCAUUACAAAAUACCAGGCUCCUGCUGCAUUGCUGAAACACCCCUCACAGGGGCAGCAUGGUCCUGUUCUACAGCGUGAGCACAGGUCCUGAGGAUCUUGUAUGGACUUUGACUUUUACACACCUUGGCACUUACAUGGGGCUUAUUUCAUCCUGGUGCAACUAAGAGCAGCAAUAACCAUUAUUUAGGGGGUCAUGCGUAUGUCUGUGCCCUGUCUUGCCUGUCUGGUGCUCUGCACUCUGUCACAGUCCAGCACAGCUUCUGCAAUGUUAUGAGUCUCUCACAGACAUUGCUCUUUACAGUAAUAAUCAUAAACUUAUUAUUAUAAUAGUAAUAACUUAAUGCAAUACCAUUAGCCAGCAGGAGAUCUCAUUCUGGGAUCUCAUUCAGUCUGUGGAAAUGUAGCCCUUUUAAACAUGUGAUACUCGGUGGUGGAUAGCAGGGUGUUGUGCAGGAAAGCACAGAGGUGCAUGCAAGCAUGAUGAAUUCAGUGAUGCACAUCCAACCCCUUGCAAGUUAAGGGCCUGGCAUAAACAUGGACACACAGCACAGAUCUAGCACAAAGAGCAAGCCACAGAGAGGGGGUGUGGAAAGGUCCUCCCCUCCCCAUGCAGGGGCUCUCUUGCUGCGGGGAGGUGCUGUAAAAGAAUCCGUGAUUAUCUGCUUUCACUAGGAACGACAACACCCCAGAUCAAAGCGUGAUGAACUGUUAUGGAGCGGAUAUUUGCUUAACCUGCUUGGCUGAGGGCCGACCUCCUGGCCAGAGGACAAGGAGGCCAGGACCCCCACGCAGGGCAAUCAAGGGGCAGCUGCAGAGGUGGAGCUGGGGUGCAGGUAGGAGGCAAAAGACGGGAGAGGAAUGGAUUGUCAGGCGCGAUUGCUGAUUACUGACAGCUGAGUCUGAUUGAGCUUGGGUGAUUUCAUCCCUCCCGAACUUCCGUUAUAAACUCCAUUAAAACACAGAGCUCUCAACGAGACAAGACCCCCCCCACCACAAAUAAAACAACACUCAGGUCAGCCAUAAGCUACCCUAGCAUGUCUUUCGGGGCUGCGUGUGUCUGGAGAAGGGUGAUCCCACCCUUGACUCGCAUUCCGCUCGCUAGCCCAGGGAGGAUGCGACUGCAUGCUCUGGGAUCUCAUUGCUUCUGUCCCCUGGCGUGACCGCAGACGCCCCCAGGACACAAGGCAGAGAGCGGCCCCUUUUUUCUCCUACAGUUUUUCCUACACGUGCCUCGCUUCACAAGACUUUAUGAUCCUCUGAAGCCUCAUGUAACUGCUGCCUUCCUAUAUCAAAGUUCGCUGGUGUCGGCAACGCCUGCAGCAGCAGGACCAAUUAGACCCGGGAGAGUCUGUGUGCGUGAAUGUGAAGGGGAAAUUCACAAGAUGCAUGCGAUAUUUUUAUUUCCUCCAGAAUGAAGAUAUGACUAUAAUUUUAAAGACGAAAAGUGCCAUUUUACCUGUCAACCAUUGUAUAUUAUUGCCAAAAAACAAGACAAGUCUCAUUAUUUUUUUAAAAUGCCUCUGGAAAUGUUUUAUGUUAUGCAACGACUUGCAUUGGUACUGACAGAGAAUAGUAGACUGGAAAUGAGUUCUGAUGAAUGCCUGUCAGCCCUGAUGGAUCUGAAUGAUGCACUUAAAUAAAUGCAUGUCUUAACCUGCAAGAGAAGGUAAUGGAAGCCAUGGGCAGCUCUGUUAUCUGGCACCAUCUUUGCUUUUGGGAAUGAUCUCUCAUCUGAAAGUGGAUAUUUUAGCCCAGCAGGAUUACGCUGUUUUUUUAUUACACAGGGCAGCUCUCAGUGUUUUCUGCAGGGGUGCCACUCAGCCUCAGCCAAGCUCCUAGUAAGCCUGAGUCUUGUGCAGGUGGGCCUACCUAUCGCCCUGGGUAAGCUUCCUGCACACCCUGCAGGACUGUGGCUUUUCCGGAAGCAGGGCUGCAAACUGCCCCUCUAAUUCCGGCCAUUCUGUCCGCUGCCAUGCAGAAGAGCUGCCCCAUCUUGGAAAAGCAAGUUUGCUGAAUUUUGAGGGGUGUUCAUGUCUGCAUUUCGUGCCAGGAGGCAGUUUUAUUUAGGGCAUCACACCCAAGCUGCAAAGCUAGGGGAAUGCAACUACUGCGCCAAGGGAUGCACAUGGGCCUAGUAGGGAGGGAGCAGCCAGUUUCUCACCUCACAGUAACCAGUACCAUGGAGAUCAGACAGAAAUUCAUGUAUACAGUAUGUACACCAUUUCUAACAUUUUUAACAUUGUGCCAUCUAAAUGAACACAGCAUGUGCUCAUAGCCAAGUGGUGCAAUGAACACCUGUUAUGUGUGUUAAUUGGAUACUGUCACUAAUAACCUUAAGAAAAAGACGUUAUACCUUGGAACUAUAUUUAUACAAACAAGGGCUAUGACACUGCACCCGACUUUGGAGAUUGACUCAUUUUUUUAACACCUUGUGUAUAUUUGUAGAUUUGUAUGUACAUAUCGAAAUACAUUAAACCUUUUUGUAACAGACGUUCAGGUGUCUUCAGUUUGCACUGUCGUCUUCUUUCUGCAUCAAUGAAGCGAGCGCAUCUUCAGACAGGAGCGGAGCGCAAAAGGAAAUCGAUAUUCUCCACUGCCCCCCCCCCCCACAACACUCUCACCGCCUUCCUGCCAGAGCUCAACGACAUGAGGAAAUAAUUCCGGCAGCAGGCAGGGCACUUUCACAGGGAGCCGGGCUCUGCUGCUUCUUUUUUUUUUUUAAACGCAACGGGAGGAAGCCAGAGCCAUUUGGCAAACAAGAAAAAAAGACAAUAAUGAAAAAUGCAUCAGGGGCGAUGAAGAUGGCUGCUAUAGGGUUACUUCCACAAUAAUACUGCAUCCUGCGCUGGUGAGGUACCUGCGCACACUGCAGCGGGGCCCAGCCUCCUAGACGGCUUUAUGCCCAGGGCCUGAUGGAGAUUGAUUCUUUCCUCCACUGCGGAGGCAGUCCUGUCAUUGGCACAGCCGCGGCCCUCCCCCCCUUGGCCUUGUCGUCCAUUAGCCCGCCCGUUCAGCAGCGCUUUAUUUCUUGACGACACG